AGAGUGGGGGUCCAGGGUAUAAAAGGCCCAGAACGGAAGGAGUGAUCCACAUCUGAGAAACGCCCCUGGGAACAGGAAUCCACCCUCCACCACUGACACCAUGACCCAGUCGUGCUGCUCCCCUUGCUGCCAGCCCACGUGCUGUGAGUCCAGCUGCUGCCGGGACACCUGCCGCAAACCGACCUGUGUGACCACCUGCUGCCAGCCCACGUGCUGUGAGUCCAGCAGCUGUGGACAAACCUGCAGCGGGUCCAGCUGCGGACAGCCCUGCUGCCAGCCCUGCUGCCAGCCCUGCUGCCAGCCCGUUCGCUGUCAAACCACUUGCUGCCAGCCCGUUCGCUGUCAAACCACCUGCUGCAGGACCACCUGCCUCAAACCCACAUGUGUGACCACCUGCUGCCAGCCUACGUGCUGUGAGUCCAGCUGUGGCCAGCCCUGCUGCCAGCCUGUUCGCUGUCAAACCACCUGCUGCAGGACCACCUGCCUCAAACCCACCUGUGUGACCACCUGCUAGCCCACGUGCUGUGAGUCCAGCUGUGGCCAGCCCUGCUGCCAGCCCGUUCGCUGUCAAACCACCUGCUGCAGGACCACCUGCCUCAAACCCACCUGUGUGACCACCUGCUGCCAGCCCACGUGCUGUGAGUCCAGCUGCAGACAGCCCUGCUGCCAGCCCGUUCGCUGUCAAACCACCUGCUGCAGGACCACCUGCCUCAAACCCACCUGUGUGACCACCUGCUGCCAGCCCACGUGCUGUGAGUCCAGCUGUGGCCAGCCCUGCUGCCAGCCCGUUCGCUGUCAAACCACCUGCUGCAGGACCACCUGCCUCAAACCCACCUGUGUGACCACCUGCUGCCAGCCCACGUGCUGUGAGUCCAGCAGCUGUGGACAAACCUGCAGCGGGUCCAGCUGUGGCCAGCCCUGCUGCCAGCCGGCUUGCGGUGCCGCCGUGUACUGCCGCAGAACCUGCUACCACCCCACGUGCUUCUGCCUGCCGGGCUGCCUAGCCCAGAGCUGUGGCUCCAGCUGCUGCCAGCCUUGCUGCCGCCCUGUCUGCUGCCAGACCCCCUGCUGCCGCCCUCGCUGUGUGUCCACCUGCUGCCAGCCCUCCUGCUGCUGAUCCCCUGGCCUAAGAACCACUCUCUCACAAA